GCACGAAAAACAUCUGAUUUCCAAUGAAUGGCCGUAACAGGGAUUUGGCUUUUGUUUUCGGCUGGUUGAUUUGACAGUGGCCAACAGUGGCUGUGAAAUUAGCUUUGAAAAUUACCCGAAAUAUGGAAAACAAGCCAUCGCAACAGAAGCCGGCAGAAAACACAGAAGUCAAUCAAGAUGAGUUGAUCCUGCAACAACAGCGGCGAAUCGAAAAAGAGAUUUCCGAGUCGAUAGCUUUAGUAGGGGAAAAGGAGCCGCUCCAAAGUUUGGAGCGUGAAUACCUGGAGGAUGAGGUUUAUCUUUCCAAAGCUAAAACCUUAGGACAAAAAUACUCUUAUAUCCGGAGGACCAGACCCGACGGCAAUUGCUUCUUCCGUGCUUUCAGUUACGCUUAUCUAGAAAGACUGAUCGACAUUAAAGAUGAAUUUGAAAAAUUCAGGGAGCUCGCGCUUAAGAGCAAAGAUAAUCUUGUCUCUUUAGGAUUCCCAGAAUUUACUGUCGAAGACUUUCACGACACGUUCAUGGAGGUCAUCGACAAAGUGGGUGCUGGUACCGAAGCUAGUCGCUUAGAGCUCCAUAAGCUUUUUAAUGAACAAGGAUAUUCCGAUUAUGUUGUCGUUUAUCUCAGGCUAAUCGCAUCUGGCCAGUUGCAACGCGAGGCUGACUUCUAUCAGCAUUUUAUCGAGGGAGAUCGCACGGUUACUGAGUUCUGCCAUCAGGAAGUGGAGCCAAUGUACAAAGAAUCAGACCACAUCCAUAUUAUAGCGAUGAGUGCUGCUUUGGGAACAGGAGUCCAAGUGCGUUACAUGGAUCGAGGUGCUGGAACAGAAGCAACAGCACAUGACUUCCCAGAGGGAGUACCGCCUGCUGUUCACCUUCUCUACCGACCUGGCCACUAUGACAUCCUCUAUCCUUGAUGAAUUUGUUCCUUGCUUGCUCUCCUUCUUCCUCCCAUGUCUUACAAAAUUGAAUACAGUCCAUUCCCAGAUCCACAACAUGAAUUAAUCUUGAAGCAUUAAACAAACUAAAUCGAUAAAUCUUGCAUGUCAUAUCGUUUGUGAUUUGUUAACGUUAUACAGAGUGCUAUGCUCCAUUCUAGACAUGUAGGUUCAUCUGUACAGCGCAGGAUACUCGAUUCCACCUGGAAACCUAGCUGAGCGACUAUCUAUCAAAUCCAAAAAAGUGGUUCGCUGUAGACGACAACAAAUUAUAUAGUAUGAAUUUAAAGUUGAGUAUUCUGUCUAACAGAUCACAUACUUCUGUGUCCUGAAAGGAGCUAAAAACUCUGUAUGCGGUAUGUAUCAAAAUCAAAAUAUACAAAUUAUUAAAAACGAUUACUCACAGAACUGUAUUAGCUCUUAGAUGAUGAUAUCGCGUCCUGUGCAAUCGAACAAUUAAUGUGAAUCUGUCCACAAAAAAUAGAAUAUAAAUUUGUGUAUUACAUUGUUCUCUUUACUUGUUGCAAUACGGUCUUACUACAAUUCGCUCUAGGGCUAGUACAUUGUCAUCCAAUAUUACCGUUAUAAUAAUUUCAUGAGCUUUUUCUUCACCAUUUUAUACACAAAGUUCUACGAUUGUGAGACCCAAACUGGUCUAUAUUAGUAAACCUCGACAUACUGAGGUAAUGCAAAAAUUACUUUAUAUAGUAGGUAGCUAAUGUUAAAUACUUUUUUCAUGGCAUAUAAAAUAUUUGAACGCAGAUAUAUUGAUUCAGUGUACGCGAGAAUCUGAGAGUAUUGGAAAUUGAAAAAGAUCGACGACUCAUUUUUAUUAUAGGUAAUAGAUCAUGAGAUUCUGUUUUUUGGGUUGUCUGAUCUGUCCGUCAUUGUUAUUAAUUUCAUACUCUGUUAUCACAUCAGUUACCAUUUUAUAAAAACUUUUAGAACUGGAAUAUGUAUAAUUAAAAAAUGUUAAUUUGAUAAAUGUAUCCAAAUCUCAACGUAAUUAACAUUUCGUAAUAAAUCAAAUAAUUUGGCCUUAGACAUCACAAAGAUUAAUCAUAAUUAUUGCAGGCAUUGUUUGGGGGAGGGUAAUGUAUUACUCAAUAGAGAAAUUCUUAGAAUUCAUAAGAGCGAUUAUUAUCCGAAUUUAAUUGUAAGUUACGAUUUUCUAAAUGUUUUACCUUGCAUUCUUUUUAUUGACAUCUUCUCUGCGACAUUUAAAUUUCAACUUGUCGAAUGAUGACACCCAUUGUUUGUCCUAAAUUUCUUUCAAUUAAAUUAGCAUAAUUUGUUAAGCUAUUAUACCUUGAUUCGAAAUUCAAGAUAAUAAAUAAAUGUAAUUGAAUGUGAUUUUGUCAUUAAAUUUAUGAAAUAUA